AUGUCGUCUUUUCCAUCCGCUAGUGAAAACUCGACUGGAUCAACACUCAAAGGAGAACAGGUGCCUUCGCCUUCCCUCGCCACGAUUCCAUAUGAAUUGCUCGAAGAGAUCGCAUCGUAUCUGCUACCUAAGGACCUCUACGCACCUCCGAUCCGUGCAGAUCAGAGGACUCUGGACAAGCUCAGCCGUACCUGCAAGAGGUUGAAAUACGUGUUCCAACCCCAUGUUUUUGAGAAAUUGGUAGUCAGGAAUGAUAAGAAGGCGCUAGCACUAUACGCGGUGCUCAAUGGUGAUAAUGGUUACACUCCCCGGCCUCUGUCGCCUGAUGCAGACCCUCUGGCUCGCAAACUGUCUGCUCUAAGACAUGUUUGGCCUAUCCCAGACGUCGUUCCCGCCUCCGAAGACAAAGCGUAUCUACGCCACGCCGUGAAGGUUCUGAUCGUCCAUUCUCCCGGUCUGAUCGACCUCCGGUUCCUGUUGCAAAUGAUGCCGCGUUUGAAGCAUUUGCACAUUUGGCAUAAGGGAGAUCAUCCUCUUCUUGACCAGCACGCGCGGGUGCUCAGAAAAUGGCACAAUCUGGAAUACUUCUUCUACGCCAGGGGCCCCGAUCUCACCAGGAUGAACGGCCGGCUCCCGUUUCCGCGCGCCGUGGCGAACAUGUCGCGGCUGAGACACGUCGAACUGCGCGAGAUCAAGAUCGGGACGAACCCGUGGAUCUUCACGGAGGAUGUCGGCGUCGGUGUGGAUCCCACGCGGGAGGAUCAGAAGACACUCGGCGACGUGUGGAAGUACGUCUGGUACCGGCCACAGCUCCUGUUCAAGGAGCCGCCCAGCUCGCCGUGGCUGCCUACAACGCUGGACUUCUUGCACCUAUCGCGCAUUGAGUUCCUGGCCCCGGAGGUCCCGAUGUCGGCUGCAGUGGCAGAGAUACUGAAGAAGCGGCGUGCAAGAAAGGACAGCUUGGAAGAGGGAGCGAUCCGGCCUGCGGAGGUACCGGAAGGUGAAAACGCUGGAUGGCCUGUUGACUUCCACCCGUUUUCGAGGCUGGUGCUUUGCUCCCAUCGCACGUUGCGAACGUUAUUCUUCACCAACGUCAACGUUCCUCAUGAUGUUGUCAUGUACGCCUUGCGGAUCGUCGGGCCAAGGUUGACAACACUUCGAGUUCGCGGGUACUCCGGCUCCGUCGUAGAGGUGAUCGCAUGCUGUCCGCGCUUGCAGAUACUGGGCAUAGAUGGCCAUGACAUGAGCGAGCAGGAAGCGAUAGACAUGCUCAAUAACGACCUGCAUCCACACUUCUACAAGUUGGACCAUUUGAACCUAUUCUCGCCUUGGAACUUCGAGCGCUUCGCACAGUGGAUCGGCGAUGAUAGCUCAUCCGUCAACAUGGGCCUGCUGCCGUCGCUGAGAACGAUCACACUCGUCUGCCAUCACGAACCAGUUGAAGCAGCGGUUUCGCGGACGAUUCUUGAGGCGGCGAGAAACAGGAACAAUAUGAAGAAGGAGGACGAGGCGGUCACAGUGUUGUUGGGUCCGGGCUUUCUGGAGGAGGAGGAGGAGAAUUUCUAG